AUGAACGAUUGGUUUGUUGAAGAACCAAAGUAUGACGAAGUUUAUUUUCGUCGCAAGUUUCGUAUGGAUAAAAGUAUGUUUUUAUCCAUAGCAGACGACAUUGAAGCAAACUUCCCAUAUUUUCAAGAAGGAUACGACGCUCGAGGCAAGAGAAGUUUCUUGGCGACACAAAAGAUCACGUCAGCCGUAAGACAACUCACAACCGGCAAUGCACCCGAUGAGUAUGACGAGUACUUAUGCGUGUCCGCAAGAACUUCACGUGAAGCUCUUGAUCAUUUUUGUGAUGCUAUCAUUAAGUUGUACGGCCAAGAGUACCUACGUAGGCUGACUCAACACGAUGUUGCACGCAAAUUCGAGGCCCAUGAGGCUAAGCACCACAUUCCUGGCAUGCUUGGUAGCAUCGAUUGUACCCACAUCGAAUGGAGGAAUUGUCCUAGAAGGAUUUGUGGAUUUGGCAUGCCUUUUUUUGGAGCGCCGGGGUCGAACAACGAUCUCAAUGUGUUGAAUCAAUUCGAUUUGUAUCUUCAAGAGAUACUAGGAACGGCUCCAGAUAGUUCAUUUUCUGUGAAUGGACGGGAUUACAAACGCGGCUACCAUCUUACCGAUGGAAUCUACAACAAGUGGGCGACCUUAGUUAAAGCAUACCCGUAUCCUACCGACCCAAAGGAAAAGAAAUUCAAGAGGUUACAAGAGGCAGCAAGAAAAGAUGUGGAACGCACAUUCGGUGUGCUCAAAGAAAAAUGA